UAUUGCGAAGAGGUCUCUAUUUUGUUUUUCAAGCCAUACAAAAUAAAAAAUGUUCUGUUGUGCAUUUUCUGUGCCUCUACCUUGACAGCAUCUAUUAAGAAGAGCGACAAGACCAUAUCUCAACUCUGGACUAUGAUUUUCAAUUUUCCUCUCAUCAGAUUGCAACAGUAUUCAUCAAUAUGAAGUUGCUGUGUCUGGGAUAUAAAUUCUACUUGAAGACAUGUUUUAAGUGUUGAGCAAAGCAUGAUGCUGGGCUGUAAAUAAAUAACAGCAGGAUGAAAAAAUGGAACAGGCACAUAUUUUACCACCAGGACCUGACAGCUUCAGGUAUUUUACCAGGGAAUCUUUGGAAGCUAUUGAGAAUCGCAUUACAGAGCAAAAAUCUAAAAAAUCCAAACAAGAACACAAAGAAGAUAAUGAAACUGGUCCAAAACCAAACACUGACUUGGAAGCUGGAAAAAAACUACCAUUUAUAUAUGGGGACAUUCCUCGCGGGAUGGUAUCGGAACCCUUGGAAGAUCUUGAUCCAUUUUAUGCAGAUCAGAAAACCUUUAUAGUAUUGAAUAGAGGGAAGGCAAUCUUCCGUUUCAGUGCCACAUCUGCCUUGUACAUUUUAACCCCUUUCAAUCCUGUGCGGCGAGUUGCUAUAAAGAUUUUGAUCCACUCAUUAUUCAGCAUUUUUAUUAUGUGCACUAUUUUGACCAACUGCGUUUUUAUGACGUGGCUUUCCCCUCCAGACUGGACCAAGAAUGUGGAAUACACAUUCACUGGGAUCUAUACAUUAGAAUCAUUGAUUAAAAUUCUUGCACGUGGAUUCUGUUUGGAAAAGUUUACAUUCCUGCGUGACCCAUGGAACUGGCUGGAUUUCACUGUCAUUGUCAUGGCGUAUGUAACAGAAUUUAUAAACCUAGGCAAUGUUUCAGCUCUUCGCACUUUCAGAGUAUUAAGAGCUUUGAAAACAAUUUCUGUAAUUCCAGGUCUCAAGACCAUUGUGGGGGCCCUGAUCCAGGCGGUAAAGAAACUUUCAGAUGUGAUGGUCCUCACCGUGUUCUGCCUGAGUGUAUUUGCACUAGUAGGCCUGCAACUUUUUAUGGGACAUUUGAGAAGUAAAUGUGUGCUGUGGCCAAAAGGAGUACCUUUUAAUGUCACUGUGUUUGAAGAGACCUACAAUGAAAGCUCGGUUUACAAAUUGAAAGGUCAGAAGGAUCCUUUACUUUGCGGUGGUAAUACAGAUGCAGGUCAUUGCCCAGAAGGUUACAUAUGUGAAAAAUAUGGCAGAAAUCCAAACUAUGGCUACACAAGUUUUGACAGCUUUGGGUGGGCAUUCUUGUCUCUGUUUCGGUUAAUGACCCAAGACUCCUGGGAAACUCUUUACCAACAGACCCUAAGAGCUUCUGGCAAAACCUACAUGAUCUUUUUCGUUCUGGUGAUUUUCUUGGGCUCCUUCUAUUUGGUAAACCUAAUCCUGGCUGUAGUCGCUAUGGCAUAUGAAGAACAAAACCAAGCAAUGUUAAUAGAAGCUGAGCAGAAGGAAGCUGAAUUCCAGCAGAUGAUGGAUCAACUAAAAAAACAACAAGAAGAAGCUCAGGCUAUAGCUGCAGCUUAUGCCGAGUCACAGGUCCUAAAUGAAGAUGCUGCACCGGAUGACACCUCUGAAUGUUCCUCUACAGUAUCAAAGUUGAGUUCCAAGAGUGCCAAAGAGAGGAAGAACUGGAGGAGACAUAGAAAACAGCCACAGCUGAGUGUCCGUGGAUUUUUGUUUUCUCCAAGAAGACGGAGCAGCAAGGCCAGCAUUUUCAGCUUUAGGGAUCAUGCAAAAGACAUAGGCUCAGAAAAUGAUUUUGCAGAUGAUGAACACAGCACUUUUGAAGAUAAUGACAGUCGAAGGGAUUCACUCUUUGUGCCUGGAAGAGAUGUAGAGCGACGUAACAGUAAUCUCAGUCAGAUAAGCAGAUCUUCCAGGAUGUUACCAUUGCUUUCUAUGAAUGGAAAAAUGCACAGCACAGUAGAUUGCAAUGGUGUGGUGUCCUUGGUUGGUGGUUCCCCUGGUCUCCCCCCAGAGGGAACCACAACCGAGACAGAUGUUAAGAAGAGAAGAACAAGUUCAUACAGGGUUUCAAUGGAUUUACUUGAGGAUCCUACAUUAAAGCAAAGAGCUUUGAGUAUAGCCAGUAUAAUAACUAACACAAUGGAAGAGCUGGAAGAAAAAAGACAGAAAUGCCCCCCUUGUUGGUAUAAAUUUGCAAAUAGUGUCUUGAUCUGGGACUGUUGUGAUACCUGGCUGAAAGUGAAACACAUUGUUAAACUAAUUGUGAUGGACCCAUUUGUAGAUCUUGCAAUUACAGUCUGCAUUGUACUGAACACCAUUUUCAUGGCCCUAGAACACGCUCAUAUGACUAAUCAAUUUUCCUCUGUUCUCGCUAUGGGCAACAAUGUUUUUACCGGAAUCUUUACAGCAGAAAUGAUUUUCAAACUGAUUGCCCUGGAUCCCUACUAUUAUUUUCAGGAGGGGUGGAAUAUAUUUGACAGCUUCAUUGUCUGCCUCAGUUUAAUGGAAGUGAUGCUUACUAAAACUGGAGGCUUCUCCGUUCUUCGUUCGUUUAGACUGCUUCGUGUUUUCAAACUGGCAAAAUCCUGGCCUACUCUAAACAUGCUUAUCAAGAUUAUCGGCAACUCAGUGGGAGCACUGGGAAACUUGACUUUGGUAUUGGCAAUCAUUGUUUUCAUUUUUGCUGUAAUUGGAAUGCAGCUGUUUGGUAAACAUUACUGUGAAAAUGUCUGGAAAAUUUCCUCAGACCAUAGACUUCCACGCUGGCACAUGAAUGAUUUCUUCCAUUCCUUCCUGAUUGUGUUCCGAGUGCUCUGUGGAGAAUGGAUUGAGACCAUGUGGGACUGUAUGGAAGUUUCGGAUAAAUAUUUAUGCCUCAUCGUGUUUAUGUUGGUGAUGGUCAUUGGAAACCUGGUGGUUCUGAAUUUGUUCUUGGCCUUGCUUUUGAGCUCAUUUAGUUCUGACAAUCUCUCUGCCACGGACAAUGACAGUGAAAUGAAUAACCUACAGAUAGCAGUGGGAAGGAUGCAAAGGGCAUUUAGCUAUCUCACAAUAUGUUUAUGUGAUUUUUUCCAAAAAAUAUUUUUCAAAAAUAAAAAGAGCAAAAUGAAUGAAACAAAUCAGUUUGAGGAACGUCAAGCAAUUGCAAACAGUUUUGCCUUCCCCAAGGUUAUCGGGGAAGUGAUCAAGGAGCAAGACUACCUAAGAGAUGGUAAUGGAACUACAGGUGCAAUAGAGACUGGUGUGGAAAAAGAUAUCGUUGAUGAGCUUAUGCAUAAUAAACAGUGCCUCUCUGUAGCAGUGCCUAUAGCUGUUGGAGAAUCUGACUGUGAAAAUCUUAACACAGAAGACUUCAGCAGUGAAUCUGAUCAAGAGGAAAGUAAAGAGAAAAAAAAACUAUCCAGCUCCUCUGAAGGUAGCACUAUAAACCUCCGAGGACCUGGCUCAGAAGGGGUAGAGGUCCUGUUGGAUUAUGAUUUUGAAGACGCACUUGAGCCUGAGCCUUGUUUCACAGAUGGUUGUGUAAGACGGUUUAAAUGUUGCCAGGUCAAUAUUGAAGAUGGAAAAGGAAAAGAAUGGUGGAAUCUCAGGAAAACCUGUUUCUCAAUAGUUGAACACAGUUGGUUUGAGUCAUUUAUCAUUUUCAUGAUCCUUCUUAGCAGUGGUGCACUGGCUUUUGAAGACAUUCAUAUUGAGAAACAUAAAACUCUCAAAACAGUUUUGGACUAUGCAGACAAAGUCUUUACAUACGUCUUUAUUGUAGAAAUGGUUCUUAAAUGGGUGGCCUAUGGAUUUGCAAAAUAUUUCACAAAUGCGUGGUGUUGGCUUGAUUUCCUGAUUGUAGAUAUUUCUUUGAUUAGUCUUGUGGCUACUGCCUUGGGCUUUUCUGAAUUAGCAGCCAUAAAGUCCCUCCGGACACUAAGAGCACUAAGGCCUCUAAGGGCUUUGUCAAGAUUUGAAGGAAUGAGGGUGGUUGUGAAUGCCUUAAUUGGAGCAAUUCCAUCUAUCAUGAAUGUGCUGCUCGUUUGCCUAAUAUUCUGGCUAAUUUUCAGCAUAAUGGGAGUAAACCUGCUUGCUGGAAAAUUCUAUCGUUGUGUUAAUUCCACAACUGGUGAUAUCCUGCCUCUUAGUGUAGUAAAAAACAAAAGUGAGUGCAACUCAACCGAAGACUAUCGGUGGAAGAAUGUCAAAGUCAAUUUUGAUAAUGUUGGAGCUGGGUAUCUUGCAUUGCUUCAAGUGGCCACAUUCAAAGGAUGGAUGCCUAUUAUGUACGCAGCGGUUGACUCCAAAAAUGUAAAUGAACAGCCUUCAUAUGAAGCAAACCUCUAUAUGUAUAUAUAUUUUGUAGUUUUUAUUAUAUUUGGAUCAUUCUUCACUUUAAACCUCUUCAUUGGUGUCAUCAUCGAUAACUUCAACCAACAAAAAAAAAAGAUAAGAGGACAAGAUAUAUUUAUGACAGAGGAGCAAAAAAAAUAUUACAAUGCAAUGAAAAAAUUGGGAUCAAAAAAGCCACAAAAACCUAUUCCAAGGCCUGCGAAUGCUUUCCAAGGCCUAGUGUUUGAUAUUGUAACCAAACAAGCUUUUGACAUCACCAUCAUGGUCCUAAUCUGCCUUAACAUGGUGACCAUGAUGAUUGAAACAGAUGACCAAAGCGAGAAAGUGGAAAAAAACCUCUAUUGGGUCAAUGUGGUAUUCAUUAUUCUUUUCACUGGUGAAUUUCUUCUAAAACUGAUUUCACUCCGUCAGUACUACUUCACCAUUGGCUGGAAUAUUUUUGAUCUAGUUGUGAUCAUCCUUUCUAUAAUAGGUAUGUUUCUGGCGGAAAUAAUUGAAAAGUAUUUUGUUUCACCGACAUUAUUCAGAGUUAUAAGACUUGCUAGGAUUGGUCGUAUCCUGCGUCUGAUUAAAGGAGCAAAGGGGAUUCGUACAUUGCUAUUUGCCUUGAUGAUGUCACUCCCAGCUUUGUUCAACAUUGGCCUCCUGCUCUUCUUGGUGAUGUUCAUUUAUGCCAUAUUUGGAAUGUCUAACUUUGCCUAUGUUAAGAAAGAAUCAGGAAUUGAUGAUAUGUUCAACUUUGAGACUUUUGGAAACAGUAUGAUCUGUUUGUUCCAGAUUACAACAUCUGCUGGGUGGGAUGGUUUAUUAGAACCAAUUCUUAAUAGUGGCAAGCCAGACUGUAACCCAAACAUAGAACACCCAGGAAGCUCUAUAAAAGGUGAUUGCGGUAAUCCACCAGUCGGGAUUUUCUUUUUUGUUAGUUAUAUCAUCAUUUCAUUCCUUAUUGUUGUAAACAUGUAUAUUGCUGUUAUUUUAGAAAAUUUUAGUGUUGCCACAGAGGAGAGUGCAGAACCACUGGGAGAGGAUGACUUUGACAUGUUCUAUGAGGUUUGGGAAAAGUUUGACCCAGGUGCAACCCAGUUUAUUGAGUACAGUAAGCUUUCAGAUUUUGCAGACUCGUUAGAUCCACCUCUACGCGUACCAAAACCAAAUAAAAUGCAGCUUAUUGCAAUGGAUCUUCCUAUGGUAAGUGGUGACAGAAUUCACUGCCUUGACAUCCUGUUUGCAUUUACAAAGCGUGUAUUGGGUGAAGGAGGAGACAUGGAUACACUUCGACAACCAAUGGAGGAACGUUUUAUGGCAGCUAACCCUUCAAAAGUCCCCUAUGAACCAAUCACAACUACCUUAAGACGAAAGCAAGAAGAGCUUUCUGCUAUGGCUAUUCAACGUUGCUUUCGGCGUCGAUUCAAAAAAUAUGUGUACAAAGUUGACAAAAAUAAUUGUACUAACAUAAGAAAAAAUAAUGAAACCCUCACCAAGGAUAAGACAGACGUAUCCACCUCAUCAAUUUCCCCACCUUCUUAUGACAGUAUAAACACUCAUGAGGAAAAACAUGAGAAAGACUACAUGGAAAAAGAAGAUAAUAGCAAGGACCCAAAUUUGAUGUAGGAAAUUUAUUUUGCUCACUGACGUUGUAUAUGUGAUGCAUAGUUUACAACCUUUAAUGGUGACUUUUAUUGUCAACAGGCCUCUUUAUGGAGAUCUAUGCCAAAUUCACUAUUAUAUGUAUGAUUUAUGUUUAGUGCCUAUAAACCGUAAGCGAAUUAACUUUUAUAUACCAAUAGUACCAUAGUAAAGACUGGAUGAGUUUGUGGAUGAUAAAGCUUUGUUUACACGAUGGCACCUUUUGCAUAUCUACACAGAUAGUUGGAUAAUUUAGGAAUCGAAGGCUAUAUAAUAUACUGAACAAUCAAAGUGACCAAUAUUGCAAUUCAUUUUGAUCACCUAGAAAAUUUAAACUGAAUAGGAAAUUGAUGUAUUAUACAGGAAAAAGACCAUUACCACGGCUGAAAAAUAAGGCAAGGAAAUUAUAUUUUCUCAACACAUCACCAGUUAACACGUCCACUUUCUUUUAUGUGCCUCUGAUGUCUUAAUGGGUCUCGGUUAUACUAAGCAAUUUUUUUUUUUUUUUCAAUAUCAACAGAUAUGCGUCUGUGUAAAGUGCUCUUCUGUAUAAAAAUAACGUAUUGAAUGCAUAGGUACUGAAUUAUUUAAUAUGACCAAAAGAUGAAAAAUUGUUUAAAAUAAGAUAUUCUGCUUCAUCUUACAUCGUGGUUUAGCGGUUUUAAGAAAUUAAUGUUAUAUUUAAUUAUUUUUGUUAAAUAAAAACAUUAUUGUCAAUGGAUUCUAAUUUGUGCAGGGAUGUCUUUCAUAAAAGACAUGUUUAACGACUCUUAGUUAACAAAUACAUUUUAAAGGUUUGCCUUCUAAAAUAUAUUAUUUAUGAAUAUAUAGCAGGUGCAUGUAUAUAAUUGCCAUUACUCUAUUAAAAAUGUACAGGGAUUUUCAUAUAUAAAGCCAUACUAUACUUAAUGGGCAAAAAAAAGCCUAACUUUGGCCAUAACAUGCAGGUAAACCUUAUUUACAUUUAAUAACAUUCUACAUCUGUGUUGUUUAAAACAAGUCCUCAUGCACCACCAUGGCCCCUCAAAAAUAAGAAAUAUUCAGUGUUGUUAAUGUAGGGUUUUUCAUAUGAUUACAAAAAGUUAGAAAACUGCAAAUACUAUAUGAAAGACUGCAAAACUGUUGAAAGCAAAAAGGUUAACAAAGUACAGCACGAUAAAAUGACAAUGUUAAAAUAGCAAAA